AUGGGCGCUUCGGCAACAUGGAUCCGAUGCGGGACUGUGUCUUUUGACUGGACGUCCUUCUGUGCCGGAAUCUCCUUCCUCGAGGAGAAUCUGUGGCUCGUCAAGGAUGAACUACUCAUAAAGGAGCGUCUCGCAGCAACAUCCGCGAUUGGCCCAGCUUGGUCAGUCAUGGGCAUCUAUCUCGUCUAUCAAGACCUCUCGCCCUUGAGUGAUCGCGAAGAAAAUGGUGGACGGUACCCCAGCUUUGGAAGGCUCCUUGGUAUCUCCAAUACUGCGGAAUGCUCAGAUCCCAGGGAUAAGGUCUAUGCACUUGUCGGGUUGAUGUCUGCUGCUGUGGCUGAUAGCAUGCACCCCGAUUACACUCUUCCCGUGCGCCAUGUCUAUGCCGCCACAGCGAGAAGUUUCAUUCAGGUUGAUGACAACCUGGAACCUAUUCGCGAAGGAAACCCUUGGGGACCGUCCAACGCUCCGUCGUGGGCUGCAGACUGGUUGUGGAUGGGCCGGCUUAGAUCGUCCCGGACUGAGAAUCAGCUCUGGGGCCCGACGCGAUUCUUUCCGCGACUUGAGCCCAAUGAUUCGUCUCAUAUACCUUACUGUGCUAGUGGAGGCACUAGUGGGUUUACCAUCGAUAGCAUUUCUGGACUUUCCGCUAGAGGGAAGGGCUAUUUCUACUGGGAUUAUGACACCAUUGUUCAGCCUUGCCAAUGGAACAGCGUCUAUGGCGACUUCGAUGCCACUGCUGCGACCUUAUACCGUACUCUUGUGUUGGAUAGAGUUGCUGGGGGAGGGAAGGCCACCGCUCGUCACGCUGCCAUCCGCCACCUACCUCGCACGUUCAGGCAAGGCGCACAAGAAUUCACAAAGCGGGGAUGGGGAUGGCUGGCUGGGCAGGAAGGGUACUACUUCCGAUGGGAGGGAUUCCGCUCCAUGAACGCUAGCUUUGAAUUGGGCUGUCACCGACUCGACGACUUCUUCCGUGACGAAAUUCCCCCGGAUGCAUCCGAAUUGGACUACAGCGAAGUGUAUUCGUGUUUUGACAGGGCCUCCCAGAAGCGGAGGUUCAUGACGACCACAAAUGGCUAUAUGGGCUGGGCUCCAGAUAACAUCUAUGGGAAGGAUAGUGAACAGACUAGACCGGGCGACAUGAUCGCCGUGUUGCUUGGCUGCAGCACCCCUGUUGUCAUCCGUCGGUACGGCCCUUGCGGAUACUUCCAGGUCAUUGGCGAGGCAUAUGUCCAAGGGUUGAUGGACGGAGAAGCAAUGGAGUUGGUGAAUAUGGGAAAGUUGCAAUGCGCCAGGAUGACGUUUUGCUAG